GCUUUGUCCUGCUGUGGUCCCCCUCGAGAGCCAAGACGUUGUUCCACGCAGUGCCGUGCGCCCCCGGUCCGGACAGCGGUGCCCACUCCGCGAGGUCGGCGCUGGUCCCGCUGCAGCACAGCGCUAGGAUGGUGCACUGUGCCGGGUGCGAGCGGCCCAUACUGGAUCGCUUCCUGCUCAACGUGCUGGACAGAGCCUGGCACGUGAAGUGCGUCCAGUGCUGCGACUGCAAGUGCAACCUGACCGAGAAAUGCUUCUCGAGGGACGGGAAACUGUACUGCAAGAACGACUUCUUCAGGCGCUUUGGCACCAAGUGCGCCGGGUGCCUCCAGGGCAUCUCGCCCAGCGACCUGGUGCGGAGAGCGCGGAGCAAGGUGUUCCACCUCAACUGCUUCACGUGCAUGGUGUGCAACAAGCAGCUGUCCACCGGGGAGGAGCUCUACAUCAUCGACGAGAACAAGUUCGUGUGCAAGGAGGACUACGUGAACGCGAACGCCAUUAAGGAAGUCAGUCUGAACUCAGUAUCCUCGUGCACCGACCGGAGUCUGUCGCCUGACCUCCAGGACCCGACGCACGAGGACCCGAAGGAGACGGACAAUUCCAUGUCCUCGGACAAGGAGACGAACAAUAACGAGAACGAGGAGCAGAGCGCGGGCCAGAAGAGGCGCGGGCCCCGGACCACCAUCAAGGCCAAGCAGCUGGAGACGCUCAAGGCCGCGUUCGCCGCCACGCCCAAGCCCACGCGCCACAUCCGCGAGCAGCUCGCGCAGGAGACCGGCCUCAACAUGCGGGUCAUCCAGGUGUGGUUCCAGAACCGGAGGUCCAAAGAGCGCCGGAUGAAGCAGCUGAGUGCGCUGGGGGCCCGACGGCACGCCUUCUUCCGGAGCCCGAGGAGAAUGCGCCCCCUGGGCGCCAGGCUGGAGGACUCGGAGCUCAUGGGAUCGGGGCCGUACAACUACUACGGAGAUUACCAAGGCGACUACUACGGUCCCGGCGGAAACUACGACUUCUUCCCCCACGGCCCCCCGUCGUCUCAAGCGCAGUCGCCGGCGGAACCCAACUACAUCUCGGGCUCAGGGCAGGGUCCUCUGGAGGGGCCCGUCUCAGGCCACCACCCCUCGGACAGUCAAAGGUACACGGACAUGAUGUCGCACGGCGACACGCCGAGCCCCGAGCCGGGCCUCCCCGGUCCGUUGCACCCCAUCCCGGGGGAGGUGUUCAGCGGGGGGCCGAGCCCGCCCUUCUCCUUAGCCAGCAACUCCAGCUACAGUGCCCCCCUGUCCCACCCGAGCCAGGAGAUGGCGGAGACGGCGGUGUGGUAGAGCGGGCGCCCGAGGGCUCGUGUCCCGCGUCUCCGACGCCGGCGCGCGGACGCCUCUCUCUCCGAAAGGCCGCGGACGAGCGCCGCCUGCGGAGACACCGCGCGCGGGACUCGACCCCGCGCCCUUCCCUCCCGGCGCUCCCCGCAGCCCUCCCCACGGACACCCCCGCGACGUCUUCAGCACCGUCCGAACUUCCCGGAAGAACAAAAAUCAGGGCAAAGUUUCCACUCUCUUCCGGAGCGUCGCUGUCGGCGACCGGCCGCCGUCUCCACACGUAGAGUAAAACCCUGUUUCCUCCCACUUUUCUAAGCUGUCCUCACUUCCGCGAGAAGGAACACUGGUGCCUGUGCCAAAAUGUUGGGUCCUCACUUCAGUAUAAUAAAGCAUUGUCCAAAGUGUGCCGUUACGCCAGGCGUUAGGCUCCCUUUGUCUUCUUUUCGUCGUC